AUAAAUUGUAUUUUAUGUACACAACAUUGGCACUUAUUCAAUCGCGCAAAGCUCAAAUAAAAAAACUAGUAUUUUAUAAAAUUCAUUAUAAAUGUAGGGGUUAUUUCAAAAUUAUUUAGUGACGAGGAAUAUUGCUAAAAUGAUUAAGAAUUACUCCGUAUUAUAAGUGUUAGCCCGAUUACUUCCGCACAGAACCCAUAUUUCCAGAUUUUACGUUACUGUUAGGUACAUCACUGGAAUGACGAUGAGCGGAUCGAAUCGGGGGGUCCGAGUAGAACUAGCUGAAGCCGGCGAGCGCCGGUAUGACGACGAAGAAACCGCCACGAAGAAGAACAGAGAAGAGGAAGGAACGCAUGACCCCACUCCUCGAGUUGAUUGCCCCGGCGACCAUCUCGGCGUGCGUUCUCGUCCUUACCUCAUGAAAAUUCUCGAUAAGCAAGGGGACAAAAACAUUGUUUUUGUAGAUAAGGUUUUAAAGAUUACGAGUUCAGGGAAGAUGAAGCAGAGAAUUCUUCUAAUCACUGAUUGUGCAAUAUACUUGGUAGACCCAGAAGGUGAUGUUCUUAAGAGGCGGGUAGCCCUUGCAGCCGUAGACAAGCUUUGCUUGAGCAAACUAAGUGAUCACUUCAUUGCAAUCAUUAUCCCAACUGAAUAUGAUAUACUCCUUGCAAGCACUAGGAAGACUGAAAUUCUAUCAUGCAUAGUUGACACUACCAAGAGCGUAUCUAACUAUGAUCUUGAAGUGUUUCACUCAAACAGGUUUGAGUAUAAUGCAACUGCUGAGAAAGUUAAAGGACUCAUAUUCGAGGAAACUGAAGGUGGUGUUAAAACACGAAUAGUGCAGAAUGGUACAAUGCAUAAAACAUGAGUUUGCAAAUGGGAAAUGUUUUUUUGAUGCCCUGUGGAUAUUCAUUCCCUGCCUUGUUCAUGGUACUAAUAUACUGCAUGGCUUCAUGAUCUUUCAUAUUUGUUGAUAAUGCUUAUUUAUGGCUCACAAAUAACCAUAUUAUUGACACUCUUUCAUUUGACCACUAAAUAUGCAUAUGCUUAUGUUUUUUACUUUUUUUUUUAAUUUUUAA